AUGAAACCAAAUAAAAGAGCUGAUAAGAAGAAACGUAUUUGCCAGCAUCGUUUGGUGAAAAAGUUAAAUAACCACAUACAAAAAUUAUGCCUAAAUCUGAACGGAUUGUCUAAUUAUUUAACCACUGAUGUGCCGACAUUUCAAGAUGGCACGCCGAGUAAUUGUUGCAAAGCAAUAAAGACUUAUGUUAAUGUAAUUAAAAAACUCCACAAAGAUUUUAAAAGUCUGACAGCUAUGUCCGGUAAUUUUUUACGAGAAGUUUCCGAACUUAGCUUGAAAUAUGUUCCUGUACUCGACUUAGUAGAUGACUCAGAGGAAGAGUUACCUCAGGUUAAAUUUCACCCGCAGUUACUGAGUGGUGAGUCAUCUAACGAACAUAAACGUCGCUUGUCUUCCGAAGAAGAAGUCCCGACUAAAAAGGCUAAGGUUAAUGAAGUUUUGUCAUUAGAAAAUUCAGCAGAAGAUGACAAAGAACAAGAAGAAAAAAUAGAAGAAGAAGAAGAAGAAGAAGAAGAAAGAAAAGAACAGGAUGAAGAUGAAUAUUUGCAUAUAGACACGUCUUCAUUAGAAAAUUAUACAGAUGAAGAGAAUGAUUUUGAGGGAGAUGAUGAAUAUUACUCGUCAAAUUCUUCGGAUGAAGACCAAGAAGAAAUAUUUACUGUAAUCGGGAAAAUCAUCGGAUCAUCCAUAGAAGAAAACAAUAACCCUAUAGAUCUCUUCGGUGAAGCUACUGACAAAGACAAACUCAUCAACAUAGCCUCAUGCGCAGCUGAAUUUGUUUACGAAAGGAAUAAAGAUGCUAAAAUAAUAAUAAUUACAUCGCAAUGUCAAAUUGAAAAUUGGUUCAAAAAAUUAAGCGCUCGCAAAGAAGAAAUGCCUGAUGAAGCUAAAAUGUUUUUGUAUGUUUUAAAAAAUAAAUUUACGAGCGAUUUUGAAGAAUGGAAGCGUACAGGUGGUGUGCUGUUGAUUGAAUUUGAUUUUUUUAAGCAAAUUUACGACCACAAAACGACCGAUUCUGAAGAAACAAGCUAUCGUGACGCGAUUUUUGACCAGGGAUACGAAUUGCUUGUUUUGGAUCUAAUUUGUCCCGUCGAUGAGUGGCAGUCUUUCUUCCUGAAGAAUAUUAUCAGCAUAAUGACUAGCUCGCAGAAGUUAAUUCUGCAACCAAAGAAACCGUCGUCUGAUUAA